UCCACCUCUUUAACAUAAUGGAAUUGUCAUAUGUGUCUCAUACGGGAAGCAACCCACACAUGGUCUCAACCUCAGGUGGUAAAGCAAUGGGGAGGCAAAUGGAGGCCACCCAUGAGCCUGCUGGUAUUGAAAUUAAUAUGAAACCUAUUCUUGACAUUGUUGAAGUCAUCUUUCGCCGAGCAUCCCCUAAUGCCGCGGGAACAGUUGAGGGAGAAAACAUGCAAGUGGAUGCAUUAGAUGAAACAGCUCCCCGUUAUAGCAUUGAUCAGUUGUUCGACGUUUUAUCAGUCACCAUAAACAGAAUUUCCUGCGAGAUAGCCUACAGGUUGUCAAUUGGUGAAGAUGCACAUUCAACAACUCUAGCAGUAGCUCAGGUGGUUAAAAGCUACUCAUGGGAUGCAAAGGUUGUACUAGCCUUGGCAGCAUUUGCCAUGACCUAUGGUGAAUUCUUGCUGGUUGUCCAGCUUUACACCACCAAUCCACUUGCCAGAGGGAUUGUACUCCUCAAACAAUGGCCAGAAGUUCUUACACGAGCUGACCUUUUGAAACCAAAAUUUGACACACUUGCCAACCUCAUCAAUGUGAUGCUUCUCGUGGCCAAGUGCAUUGUCGAAUUCAAGGAGCUUCCAUCUAAGUACAUUAGCCCUGAAGACCCGGAAAUGUCAUCCGCCAAUUCUGACAUCCCUUCAGCUGUUUAUUGGACCAUCCGAAGUACAGUGAUUUGUGCAUCACAAAUUAUAGGCCUUACUGGCAUGGGCCACGAGUUCAUAUCAUCGACUACAGAUGCUUGGGAGCUGUCAAGCUUGGUGCACAAUAUCAAUGGUAUAUACAACGAUCUUAUGGAGAAACUGAAACAUUGUCGUCAACGCAUAAAUGAGAGAAAGGAUAUUGAAGCAUAUCAAACUCUGUUGCGCCUCUUUGAUGCAAUCCAUGCUGAUAAUAUGAAGAUUCUUAAGGCUUUGAUUUACGCUAAGGAUGGCCAGCCGCCACUUUGGGAUGCAACUACCAAGCAAAGGGUGCGCAUUGAGUUGUUGAGGCAGAAGUAUGUGCUACUACUCAUUACAGACCUUGUGGUCCCGAACCAAGAACUUCUUAUUCUGGAACAUGUGUAUAAUGAACCACGAGUGCAACCAACGAGGGCAGAGUCUCAGUACGAGGUGAUUUGGAUCCCAGUUGUAGACAGGUCCACUCCAUUUGAUGACACAAAGAAAAAGCAAUUUGAGUCUCUACAAGCAACGAUGCCAUGGUACUCGGUUGGUCACCCUUCCAUGAUUGAACCAGCGGUGAUUAGGUAUAUCAAAGAGGUUUGGGGAUUCAGUAAGAAGCCUCUGCUAGUGGUGUUGGACCUGCAAGGAAGAGUUGUGAAUCCUAACGCGAUUCACAUGAUGUUUAUUUGGGGGAGUUUGGCAUUCCCUUUCACUAAGAUCAGGGAAGAAGCUCUUUGGAAGGAAGAGACAUGGAGGAUUGAACUCUUGGCUGAUUCUAUUGACCCCUCCAUAAUCAAUUGGUUAACAGAAAGGAAAGUCAUUUGCUUGUAUGGUGGAGAAAAUAUGGAUUGGAUCCGAAAAUUCACAACUACUGCAAGAGCUGUUGCGCAAACUGCCAAUAUCAAACUAGAGAUGCUCUACAUGGGAAAAAGCAACCCUAAAGAAAAAGUUCGAAGGAACAUGACUACCAUCCAGAGAGAAAAUCUUAGCCAUGUAUUGCCAGACAUUUCACUCAUAUGGUUCUUCUGGGUGCGGUUGGAGAGCAUGUGGCACUCAAGAGUUCAGCAUGGCGUGACCGUAGAAAAUGACCAAAUUUUGCAAGAGAUCAUGACCAUGCUCAGCUUUGAUGCAAGUGAUCAAGGGUGGGCCGUGAUUGCUAGGGGCUCAGAUGAAAUAGCAAGGGCUAAGGCGGAGAUUAUUUUGAAAAGCCUCGAGGAAUAUACUGCAUGGGAAGCGCUCGCAGCAGAGAAAGGUUUUAUUCCUGCACUGAAUGAUCACAUCCAAGGUCUGCACACCGAGCACCAUUGCAACCGUCUGAUACUUCCAGAGACUACCGUUGGAUUUGGAAGCAUCCAUGAGAGGGUAGUUUGCGUUGAAUGUGGCAAGCCAAUGGAGAAGUUCUUCCUGUAUCGUUGUUGCAACGAUUGA